AUGGAUUACUCAGUUCCGAAACUUCAGAGGUCGUCGCAAAUGAGCUCGGAGUUUCUAUACUUGGACACUUUGGUGAAUGCUCAUGGCGCCAUUGACAAUAGUGUUAUGCACCAACAACACCCACGUGGCAGUAGCACCGGCAACGAAAGCAGUACUGCGAAUUCGAGAAAAUUUGACUCGCCGGAGCUCCGCCCUUCGCCGCCGCUUUACGGUCACAGCAAUAUUAGGAUUGAAGAUAGGGGUCUUUUCCAUAUGGAAGUUAGCCCACCAAAACCAGCAAUAGAUUCUGGUCUUCCCAAUGACGGGCUCCCGGAAAUGGUAAUGGCUAUGAUUCCUGAAUCCGAAAGUCGCGAAACCGUAAUCUUCCUCCUCCGAAACGCAAUGAGUCUGAAUGGGCUUAGGGUCGUUGAUAGAGUUGAAUACGUAGACGUCGUAUGUCUUGCGCUUGAAACUGAAAGCCUUCACUUGGAAGGCCUGGCUUUCUCUACCUUCAGCAGCUUUGAAGCUUCUCAUCCGCAGCUCCCUCCCAAUUUUGGCGCCAUUUCAAUCGCCGCUUCAUCUUUCGCCGGAGAAUUGACUCGGCCAUUUCUGACUAGCGAGAAGCCGAAAAAAUUGCCAGAUGAUAUUUCCUUGAAGGUUUUGGAAGGGAACUCCCUUUCAGAUGCUUUUAGAUAUGACAUCUCUUCGCUCUGUAAAAAACUGCGGCAAAUGGAAUAUGAAGAACAAUCAUACUUGAAUUUUCAUGGUAAUGACGACAUCGAUGAGGAAGAUCAAAUUGGGCAUAAGAAUAAAGGGAAGAAUGUGGUAAGUGACAAGGGUUUGGUGAUAAACAUGACUCCGCUCCGGUCCUUAGGGAGACACCGGCAACCAGAUACUAAGGAGUUUUCAGCUUUAUACAUGAAUUCGGAUAACGAGGAAGAAGAAGAAGAUGAAGAAGAAGCUGCACCAGUGCAUCACAUGAGCACUGAAAAAAGUUCAGGCCGAGAGAAAAGAUCAGGAAGUGAUGUGAGGUUGGCUGUCAAGGGGAUGUUUUCUGCCACCAGUUCGGAACCUCCAUCAAAGAGACCAAGAUUUGAUGUCACUGCCCUAAAGACUCCGAAAACUCAGACACAAUCUUCCGGCAAGCCCCUGAAAGCAUGUUCCAGCAAGAAGUCCCGCAGGGAUGUUGUAUCUGCUAUCUGUAAAUUCUUCCAUCAUGCUGGAAUUCCGGUACAAGCUGCAAAUUCCCCAUAUUUUCAUAAAAUGCUGGAGGCAGUUGGGCAUUAUGGACCAGAUUUGGUUGGUCCUUCAAGCAGAGUUUUGUCUGGUCGAUUUUUGCAGGAUGAAAUUUUUACUAUAAAAAACUACCUUGCUGAAUACAGGGCUUCAUGGGCUGUUACCGGUUGUUCUAUUUUGGCUGACAGUUGGCGAGACACACAGGAUGAUGGCAAAGAAGUGGAGAAACUUGUAUUAAAUGCUUCUUUUUGGAAGAGGGUACAGUAUGUGAAAAAAUCAGUUGAGCCCGUGGUUGAUGUGCUUCUGAAGAUUAAUGGAGACGAACGCCUUUCAGUCCCAUUCAUUUAUAAUUGCAUGUUUAGGGCAAAGAUGGAUAUCAAAGAUAACCAUGGUGAUGAUGCGCGUAAAUAUACCCCAUUCUGGAAUGUCAUAGACUGUCACUGGAAUAGUUUGUCUCACCACCCGCUUUAUUUGGCUGCAUAUUUCCUGAAUCCAGCAUAUCAUUAUCGUGCCGAUUUUGUCCCGCAUCCAGACGUCAUGCGAGGAUUAACUGCAUGCAUUGUUAGGCUUGAACCAGACAAUACAAAAAGAAUUUCGGCAUCCAUGCAGAUCUCUGACUUUGACGCUGCAAAAGCUGAUUUUGGAACGGACUUGGCGAUCAGUACAAGAGUGGAGCUUGAUCCAGCUGCAUGGUGGCAACAACAUGGGAUAAAUUGCUUGGAGUUGCAAAGAAUAGCAGUCAGAAUACUUAGUCAAACUUGCUCCUCUUUUGGUUGUGAGCAUAGCUGGAGCAUGUUUGACAAGAUGUACAGCCGAAGGCACAACCACACUGCACAGAGAAGAUUGAAUGACAUCAUUUAUGUGCACUAUAACUUGAGACUCAGAGAACGCCAGAUUCGAAAAAGAAGCGGUGACUCCAUUCCCCUUGAGAGCAUUUUAGACGAAACCUUGUUGUAUGACUGGAUUGUGGAAGCAGAGAAGCAAUCCAUACAGGAGGAUGAGGAAAUAAGUUUUAGUGAUAUGGAGCAUGUUGAAACACACGAGAAUGAGUUGGAUUACGAGGAUGGCAGCGCAGAGUUCAGAAAGGGAUCCUUGGAGAUGCUAACUGUGGCAGAUAUCGUCGACCCUUUGGACAUCACUCCUGCUAAUACGUUUACAGGCAGUGACGAUGAGGCUGAGAUGGAUUUCUUGGAUGAUAACUUAAGUGAUUGA